ACGUGUCUUCGGUUGUAGGAAGUAGAUAUUGGAACAUGGCAGACCUCGUGGAGCAAGUGCUUGCGAAAGAGAUAGAGAAACAAGCAAAUUAUAAAACAAUCGAAGUUACUAAAGAUAUAGAUCUUGAAAUUGACGAGGGAAACUUGCUUGCUGUUGAUACAAAUCCGUUCGACAUCAGAAAAUACAAAUCUAAGAGGGAUGUAUGUUUGAAAGACUUAGCUAGAGAUAAUGCCCAAUUGCUUAUUAACAGAAUAUUUCAGUUGCCAACAGAAAAAGAAGAUGGAGUGGUUGUUGUAAAGUUACCUGAUACCAAGGUUUUGAUUCCAAGAGGAAGACCGGUGCCCAAAGCUAGAGCCUUCACAAAAUGGGAGGAGUAUGCCCAAAUGAAGGGAAUACAGAACAAGAAGAGAAGCAAGAUGGUGUGGGACGAGCAGACAAAGGUUAGACAUACCAGUAUUGGUAGUUAUUAUUUACCACAGACCAGACCAAGGUCAGACAUACCAGUAUUGGUAGUUAUUAUUUACCACAGACCAGACGAAGGUCGGACAUACCAGUAUUGGAACAUAGCCAGGGCACAGAAAACUAAAGUGCCUGGAGUUGGGUUGACACCCACAGAUGCUCCGUCUAAAGACCAUGUCAGCAAGGCUCUGGCAGUAGCCAAGAGGUCCACAGCUUCAGUUGGAAAAUUCACAGACUCUCUUCGAAAGGAGAAACCCUCAAAAUUCACAGGCAAGAAACGAAAGUUUGAGGAAAAUUACGGUAACUUGAAAAAUGAGACAAGUAAACAGCUGGACAUUUUACAGAAGCUAAAAAACAAAGAACCUGUUGUAGACGUGGCAAGAGCUGUCAACACACAAAUGAUGGAGGAAAACAGUGAAAGUUCUGGCAAGACACCCAACAGAGGAAAAUCCAAAGGAUUUGGAGGAGGAAAAAAAGGGAAAGGAGGGCCAAAGGGCUCCUUUAAGGGAGGAAAGGGUUUUAAAGGGGGUAGAGGCGGCAAGGGGGGAGGAGGGGGUAGAGGCGGUAAAGGGGGAGGAGGGAAAAGAAAAUGAUGAGGUCUCUAUCAUUUGUUAAAAUAAAAGUUUGAAAAAAAAAAUAUUUUUUUUAUCUUUACCAAGGUUACACAGUUGCUAGUAACUUCCUAAGAAAUCUGGUGUACUUCUACAGUAAAUAAGGUUUACUGUGAAACGAUUCUUUCAAAUUCUAUGUUACAACAAAGUCAUACAUCAUAAACAACAUAAAUGGUUUAGCCUAAAUUUAACUUAUAUCUGGGGUUCGACAGGGUUAUAAACACAUAAAUCAGCUUUACUUUGAACAUGCUUCUUUCAAUUUCUAGCUUAUUACAAAGUCAUCCCAUCUCAUAAACAAUUAAUAUCAAACAAUUUAGCCCAUAGAAAACUGAUUUCUUAUGUCCAAUAGGGUUUAUUAGCGCACCUGGCACGGAGCUUAUGCCGUGGCGUGGCAUCUGUCGUCCGUCGUCUGGCGUUAAUAUUUUACUUUAAACAACUUCUUCUUAA